AUGACUGAGCCGGGGAAGCAAAAAGCUGAGAAGCACACGGACUUGCCGACACAUGCAAUGUCUGCGUCCGUAUCUACUCCGCAGGACCCGGAGUCAGGUGUGGACCAGGCAGUGAUAGGCCCCGCUUGGAUGUACAAGCCACUAUUCAAGAUUGGCAAAUGGGAGGCUCCUUACUUUGCCUCACCCGAAAUGCAACUAUAUUUGGUGUCAUUUGUCUGCUUCUUAUGUCCCGGCAUGUUCAAUGCCGUUAGCGGUCUCGGUGGCGGCGGUCAAGUGAACACCCACGAUGUGAACAACGCCAACACUGCACUAUACAGUACUUUCGCAGUCGUCGGCUUCUUCGCCGGCUCCAUUGCCAAUCGCAUUGGUCUAAGGCUCACCCUCUCCGUGGGCGGGUUCGGGUACUUCCUUUAUGUUGCCUCGCUCCUCUCGUACAAUAUCAACCAAAAUGCAGGCUUCCUCAUUUUCGCCGGAGCCCUGCUCGGUGUAUGUGCUGGUCUGCUGUGGUGUGCUCAGGGCGCGGUCAUGUUGAGUUAUCCACACGAGCAUGAGAAGGGAAAGUACAUUGCUAUCUUCUGGGUGAUUUUCAAUUUGGGUGGUGUCAUCGGUAGCUUGAUCCCUCUCGGCCAAAAUAUGCACUCGACCGCCGGCAACGUCAACAAUGGUACCUACAUUGCCUUCCUUGUUCUAAUGGCCAUUGGCUUCGUUCUCUGCUGGUGUCUCGUCGAUUGCAAGUACGUUAAACGCAAGGACGGCUCGCGUGUUAUCGUGAUCAAAAACCCAACCUGGAAGUCCGAGUUUUUGGGUCUUUGGGAGACACUGAUCCACGAUUCGUACAUCGUCCUGAUGUUCCCCAUGUUUCUAGCCAGCAACUGGUUCUACGCAUACCAUUUCAACGCAGUCAAUCUCGCCUAUUUCAAUGUUCGCACUCGAGCCCUAAACAGUCUUCUGUACUGGCUGAUGCAGAUGGUGGGUGCGUUCAUCUUCGGCAAGUUGUUGGAUUUGAAGGGUCUCUCGCGUCCGUGGCGCGCCAAGAUCAACUUUGGUAUUCUACUCGCUGUUACCAUGGGCAUUUGGGGUGGAGGAUAUGCAUUCCAGAAGCGCUAUACCCGCGAAACCAAGGGUCUUGGCACGGAUUUCACCGAUCGCGGCUACAUUGGACCCAUGUUCCUGUACAUGUUCUACGGAUUCUACGACGCCGCUUUCCAGACCUGCACUUAUUGGUACAUGGGUUCUCUCUCCAACAACAGCCGUAAGUUGGCCAAUUUUGCUGGUUUCUACAAGGGAAUCCAAUCUGCUGGCGCUGCCGGAAUGUGGAGCUUGGAUGCAAAUGAGACCGCGUACAUGACCGAAUUUGCCUCUUGCUGGGGUAUGCUGGUCGGUAGUAUGCUUAUUGCCUCACCUGUGAUUUUCCUCAAGGUCAAGGACAGCACUGCCGUCGAGGACGAUCUGCGAUUCUCCGACGAAACCGCCGCCGACGUGCGGGGCCAUACCAACGAAAUGUCUCCGAUAGAUAAGCCUCACACCGAAACCCAUACUCCUACUGGGACUCUCCCCGACUCUCACGAGGAGACUACCAAAUAA